CUGCUGGGAAAUACAGCUCCCAACUCUUCAGACAGAGCCCUGUUCAAACUAUACCACUGACAACACCGCUCGUCUUGAUGGGUUGCCUCAACUUCAGCAGUGGAAGUGAGACUUUACCCGGCAGGCAGCCGUACACUGCGCAGACCUCGGUGCCUCUGACGGUCCUGGUGGGUAUCCUCAUCUUGCUAACUGUCUUUGGCAACGUCAUGGUGGUGAUAGCUGUGAUCACAUGCCGAGCUCUGAGAGCGCCGCAGAAUCUGUUUUUAGUGUCCCUGGCGUGUGCAGACAUCCUGGUCGCCACCUUGGUGAUGCCGUUCUCCUUAGCCAAUGAACUGAUGGGCUUCUGGUACUUUGGCAAGGUGUGGUGUGAGAUCUACCUGGCUCUGGACGUGCUCUUCUGCACCUCGUCCAUCGUUCACCUGUGUGCAAUCAGCCUGGACAGAUACUGGUCUGUCACUCAGGCUAUUGAGUACAACCUGCGGAGGACCCCACGGAGGAUAAAAUGCACGCUCUGCUUGGUCUGGGUGCUGGCGGGCAUCAUCUCCUUCCCUCCGCUCAUCACGAUGAAAAAGGACGAGGGCAAAGAGGACCACCCCAAGUGUGAGAUAAACGAGGAGAAGUGGUACAUCAUAUUCUCCAGCACUGCCUCUUUCUUCGCACCCUGCGUCAUCAUGAUCAUGGUCUACGUCAGGAUCUACCAGAUUGCCAAGAAGCGGUCGAGAACUCCCCCAGGAGAGCGGCAAAGAGAAAACGACGGCUCCGAAGAUGUUCAGUUUGGUUUGGACGCUCAGGGGACGAAAGACAGAGAGGGCAAGGAGGAGAAAGAGGAAGACAACGGACUGGACGUGGACGAGGAUCCCUCCUCGUCAGAUGAGAACGAAAGCAUCCUGUGUUCUCUAAAGAAGAAGAAAGGAGUGAGAACGGCCACAGUGGCCCAGGUGAAACCUGGAGAAACGUCUCCAAACCCGGAGAGCCGGUCUGCGGUGAGAGUGGACCGGCGUAGAGGAAGACAGUACAGAGAGAGGCGCUUCACCUUUGUCCUGGCUGUGGUCAUGGGAGUGUUUGUUCUCUGCUGGUUCCCCUUUUUCUUCACUUACUCCCUCACCGCCGUGUGUGACAUUUGCUGCGUCCCGGAGACACUUUUCAAAAUGUUCUUCUGGUUCGGUUACUGCAACAGCUCCCUGAACCCUGUUAUAUACACUAUAUUCAAUAACGACUUCAGGAAGUCUUUUAAAAAGAUCCUUUGCAAAAGGGACAGCAGAGGGUUAUAAAUCAAGCUUUUACAUUUUUGUUGAUG